GCGCGCGCGGGAACUCGAACGUCGCCCCCGCGACCGGGCUCGAGACGCGCUCGCUGUCCGUUCGCAUCGCACGGUGAGACCCCCUCGCGCGCGUCCUCGGCGAAAGAUAGACGACCGCCGCGCGGGAGGACGGGAUCUCUGUCUGGGAAGAGGCGAAGAGCGCGUUUAUUAGGGCGGAAACGAACGAAACAGUCGCGGACGAUGACGAUCCGGUUCCUCCUCCUCGUGAACAAGCAAGGUCAGACGCGCCUGGCGAACUACAACGAGAACGUCCCGCAGGAGGAGCGCAGGCAGAUCGAGGGCGAGAUCGUCCGCAAGUGCCUCGCGCGCUCGGACGAGCAGUGCAACAUCGUCGAACACAGAAACUACAAAGUCAUCUACCGCAGAUACGCGUCUCUGUUCUUCAUCGUCGGCGUGGACGAGCACGAGAACGAGCUCGCGAUACACGAGUUCAUUCACUGCGUCGUGGAGACGCUGGACAGACACUUCGGGAACGUGUGCGAGCUCGACAUCAUGUUUCACCUCGAGAGCGUGCACUACGUUCUCGACGAGAUGAUGAUGAACGGGCAGAUAUUCGAGACGAACCGACGCGCCGUGUUGAGUCAAGUGAAGGAGUUCGACGCGCCGCCGGCGUCGUCGUCGUGACGGGACGCGAGGCGUUCUAAUAGGGUUCAUGUAGAGGUAGUGCUUGUAGGUAGGGUUUCGUGUGCGUGAGACUUCGUGUACACGUACGGUAGACGACGAAUCGAAUCAGAGUAUCUUGUC